UAUAUAAACUAUAAUGAUAGUCGGUCUACUUUUGAAAUGUGUAUACCUUCAGCACAACUUAGCGUUAUGAACGUCAACAACCACUGAAUCCGCCAUAGCCCGACAUAAUCUACCAAACUCUGACGCAACGAUGCGAAUUGAAUUGCUUCUGUUUUUGACACUUGCUUGCAAGGUGGAGAGUAACUGGGAUAUCACCCACAGUGAUCCAGCCGAGGCAAACAUGGGGUUUACUACUUUCAACAUGAAGUGCAACGACGAUGAAACUGUGUGCCAUCAUAGCUUCACUAUGCAUGUUUACGGACGACUGUUUUUAAUUUCAACGGCAUACAUGAAAAACCCUUUCAAGUUUCAGUUAAACAUCACGGAAGGAGGCAACAACUGGAAAAUUCAUUUCGCACAAGGUGACCAGUCUGAGGAAUAUCGCUGGUGCGACAAUGCGUUUUCCAGAUCCAGCAUCAUCAGAUACGCCACUAGAUUUGUGUUGUGCGUUGGGAACAGUUUUACCGGCAUAUCUGUGCCAGACGACUGCCCUAAACCGGUGACUUUGGUCGAUUUAGACAAUCACAACUUCGACGAGAAAAUACGAGGCCAGCAAAUGCUGUACUGUCUGUCUUAGUUUAAUCUUGCAGUCUUGUCAAAUCAUCAUCAGUGGGACCUGAAAUGUGUUUAAAGUAAGCAAAAAUAGGGAGAAGCCAUUUUCGAUUAUCAUGUUUCGUGCUCAAAACAAAAAAGCUUACUUUGCUUUGCAUAUAUGAGCAGUUAAGCGUGGGGACAGAUUGAUUUGUCUCUUCGUGAAAAGGCUGUCUGUCAGUGUUCUUAAAAUCAUUAUUUUGGUCCCUUUCUUACCCUCUCGACACUUUAUGUCAACACUUCAUGGGGAUGAAUUCUGAAGUUCAAGAUAAUCAUCCGUUCGGGGAAACUGUUAAGAAGGUCAAGCCUGAUUGCACUUACUUGGAAUAAACGCUUCGCUCAUGUUUGUCCUAAGCAGGGAAUAUGUAGAAAGAAACUUUAAAUUAUGCCUACGGUUUCCCUAAAACUGAACUAAUGAAGCUUGAUGUAUUUUAAUCAAAAAAGAGGAUUUUCUCGGCACAUAAUUGUGUUUAUUUAUUACACAACACCCACACUAAACCUUUUGUGAAGGUAUUUUAAACCUCUGUCGGCUCACGGCUCAUGACCAUUUCGUACAUUUAAUUAGUGGCAGCUCAAGGUGUUCGUCAUUUAUUAGCUAGCCAUGCGUUUCAGUCGUUGUACAUCCCUUCCCUGAAUACAGCAGUGUUACACGCAAGGGAAG